UGACUGUUUCUAACAGGAUGGCCAGCUUGGGAAGUAGCCAAAGUGAGAAGAUUUCCUCGUCAGUAGUAGACAGAGUAGAAGACAGAAGACUAAGAAGAGGUGCAGGCGGCAAUGUGUCAGUUUACUAUUAUGUUGGUGACGCAUACAGAGAUAUGUUAGUUGCUGUUGGAUUCCACUUAGGAUCGAUCGUGUGUAUCAUAGCUUUUGCAGCUUUCGGUCAGAUAACAGUGUUAACAGCAUGCAUUAGUGUCUUGUUCAAGAUUCUUGCAGCUAGUGUUUGCUAUGUCGCUACGGCAAAACAUAGUGGUAAAGUCAUGAUUUUUGCAGCAAUUUGUUCGGGCUUAGGAGUCGCAGUUUCUGGAUACGUUGCAAUUACAUCAUUUAUAAAUUGGGCGUCUAAAGAUUUCUCUGGAGUAGGUAUUCCGCUUAUUGUUCAAGGUAUACUUGAAUUGUUAGUGUAUGGUCACAUGACAUACUAUGCAAUUACAUUAUUAUAAGAAACCCCAGCACUUC